AAUGAGAGGUAUCGGACAUCUAGCGUAGUGGCGUCAAGUACACCCGGAACAAGUAGGACACUCAAGUCAAAUUCCUGAACAGUGAAUAGAGACAACACAAGUGGAUUUAAUUUUUCACGUUUGAUGGGGGUAAAUAAUGAAUUCCAUGUACAUACAAUGUGUAGCGGGUGUUUCCUGAUGGGAAGGGAACUAUCGGAAUAAGAACGCUAGACUAAGUGUGGAUUUGACCGAUCCUCUGUUGCGUUGAAAAGAUGGAUACUUUAAAUAAUAUAUCGGAUCAUAUACACAACGGCAACAUGGAUGAUUUGGAAUACACAGAGUUUAUGGCCGAAUAUCUGCCUAUUUUUAUCUAUCUCCUGAUCCUAGGUGUGGUUGGAACAAUCGGGAAUUUCCAUGUUCUCCUCGUUUAUUCUCUGCGUUACAAGCCGUCGAAUCAUCGAAUUUUUAUAUUAUGCUUAGCAGUUGUUGAUUUUUGUUCAUGCACUGUAAGUAUUCCUUUUGAAAUGUAUGACAUUAGACACAGAUACACAUUUACAGCUUCUUGGGCCUGUAAAGUAUUCCGAUUUCUCAAUCACACAACCAGCGUUUCCUCUGGAUUCCUUCUUGGAUUAAUAGCGCUGGAGAGGUUCCGAAAGGCGUGUCAGCCAACAAAAUGCCAAAUGACAGUAAAGCAAGCCAAGAUAUCUUGUAUCUUAACAGUACUGUUUAGUUCGAUAUUGGCUAUACCAGCUGUUGUGAUCUACGGUGCUAAUGUGUCGGAUACAUUUCAUCCUGGAGUUCUGGGAUCUGACUGCACAAGUCUUAAUAAAUACAAAUCUUUCUUCAAAAUAUACAGUGGAGCUUUACUGUUGUUCGCAACAUGUGUUUUUAUCAUAUGCAUUAUUGUAUAUGUUUUCGUGGGGAAAGUAUUGUAUAGACAAAUGCAGUUCCGUAAAAAGUUACAACUUCGUCGAAGCAAACUCAACGCUUUGUCAUCUGUUUCCCUAAAUGCUCGUUGCUCGACAACCAAACUGACAAACGGAUCAAUGGCUUCUCUUGAUAAGAUUGAAAUCGAAGAAGAUCCCUCCAGUCUGAAUAAUGAUCACUUAAAGAUAAAUAAAAACAUUUCGGGAAAUAUUCAUGGAUCUCAGCUUCAAAAAAAGAAAACAAAAAUCAGCCGCUCGAGAAGGAUAACUCUUAUGUUUCUAGUCGCCACAAGUGUGUCCUAUCUUUGCUAUUUGCCAAACACCGUGUUUUCUGUUGUUAAAGUGUUUGACAAAGAGGCGUUCCAUGCUGUAACAAUGAAACUUGGAGCCUCUGUUUAUAUUUUCCUUCGCUUGUACUUUAUCAGUAAUGUUACAAAUCCAAUUGUGUAUGGUUUUAUGGACGAAAGAUUCCGGGAGGAAUGCUGGACGUACUAUAGACGAUUGAAAAUGAGACUUUUUACAUGUUCACAUGGUGCAGAAUCAUUGAAACCUUAAGAAAAUCAUUUCAUUACCAGCACUUUAAGUUUACAUUAAAACACUAUUCAUUUUAUACGGUAUAUAUUUCUUUAUACGUUGUAAAAAAAAAAGAUAUGUCAGGAGUGCAUUUUGUAUAAUCACAGUAGGUCGU